AUGGCCAUUUGGCGUGGCUACAAAGAAGUGAAGGAUUCAGCAGGUUGGGCCGCACUUGUCUUCGCUGGCAUGGGCAUAUACCGGUUCUGCAAGUACCGAGUUGGUUUCGAUAAAGAUGCCAUGCGCCGGCUACGGAAUCUGCGAAAACGUCUCGAAGUCGCGGCCGAUACCCUGCAUCCCCAUUGGCGCCAGCUUUUGUCCAUAGUAGGCGAAUCGCAAACCCUUCAAUACCCUGGCCAUCCGCACGACUGGGUAGUCUUCGAAGACGGAUCAGAUCCUGUGCCACUGCGCCAAACGUAUCUGCUCCAAGACCCUUACUUUGCUUUCGAACACAUCGACGAGUCGAUCAUCGAUGAAUCAGUUUGGGGAUGCGAAGACCCACGCUGGACACCACAGUCGAGCGCAGUGGCGAGACCAGGCGGAGCCUACAUCUGCGCUUUGUGUAACGAGCCGCAGUCCGACAAACCGCAAGACAACUCCUGUUUCUGCUUCCCAACCCUAUUCGGUUGUGUAAAGCGCAAGCCACCGCCUGUUCAGAUCCUGCGGACUUCCGAUGGCAGAAACAACGGUCUGGCCGCAUUGACCUCCUUCGACCGUGGUACAGCAAUUGGAGAGCUGGUAGGCCUGAUCACAAACGCCAUGGCGACUUCCGAUUACAGCGAGUCCGGCGCGUCAGACCAGGAGAUACUCGAGGCGCAAUAUGGGGCCAGAAAGAGAAGGAGACUGUCACCUACCGAGCCCGAGAGUUCAGCUUCCGAGGCUGAAGCUGAGAAGCCGCUGCCAGUAGCAGCACCAACGAUCUCGCGCAUCAAAGCCAAACAGCAAGACAAGUCGACGAAUACCGCCAGUUCUGCACCCAAAGUCAACCCGAAGCUGGAUUUUGCCACGCUCAAUGUAGCACCAUGGCUCUGCACUUCUUUGGCCAGCAUGGGAAUCAAGCGCCCAACGGGCAUCCAGGCCUCGUGUAUCCCUGAGAUCCUCAAGGGGAAGGACUGUAUUGGUGGAUCGAGGACCGGUACAGGUAAAACUGUAGCGUUCUCUGUGCCGAUAAUGCAGAAAUGGGCGGAGGAUCCAAGCGGCAUCUUUGCCGUUAUUGUCACACCCACCCGCGAGCUCGCGAUCCAGAUUUACGAACAAGUGAAGGCAAUCUCAGCGCCGCAAUCUAUGAAACCCAUUCUCAUCACCGGAGGAUCAGACCAGCGGUCCCAAGCCAUCGCUCUCGCUUCGCGCCCUCACGUUGUAAUCGCGACACCAGGCCGUCUAGCAGAGCACAUCCGCACCUCAGGCGAAGACACCAUCUGCGGCCUCCGCCGCGUCCGGUUCGUCGUCUUCGACGAAGCCGACCGCCUACUCGCCCCAGGAAAAGGCUCCAUGCUUCCCGAUCUCGAGACGUGCCUCUUCGCGCUACCCCCCAAAGAAACGAGGCAAACCCUUUUAUUCACGGCGACCGUAACGCCAGAGGUUCUAGCGCUGAAAUCGCAACCGCGCGCACCGGGUCGUCUUCCCAUCUUCGUGUCUGAAGUCGAUACAGAGGAUCUGGCAAUCCCACCAAAGCUACAGCAGAGAUACCUCCAAACGCCUGUCACGCACAAAGAAUGCUAUCUGCACGUCCUCUUGAACACGCCCGAGAACAGCAAAAAGAGCGUCAUAAUCUUCUGCAACCGAACCAAAACAGCCACCCUACUAGAAUACAUGCUCCGUCUCCUCGCCCACCGCGUAACAGCCCUCCACUCGGGCCUCAAGCAAAACGACCGCGUAGGCAACCUCGCUCGCUUCCGCGCACAAGCCGCUAGAAUCCUAGUCGCCACCGACGUCGCAGCCCGCGGUCUAGAUAUCCCAGAGGUAGCUCUCGUUAUCAAUUUCGACGUGCCCCGUGACCCAGACGAUUACAUCCAUCGUGUUGGUCGUACGGCGCGUGCGGGCCGUGUGGGAACGAGCAUCACGUUGAUUGGACAGAGGGAUGUGGAGUUGAUUCUGGCGAUUGAAGCAAGGGUGGGCAAGAAGAUGGAGGAGUUUGAGGAGGAGGGUGUUAGUGUUGAGGGGAGGGUGGUGAGGGAUGCGCUUAAGCCUGUUACGGAGAAGAAGAGGGAGGCGCUGUUGAGUAUUGAGGAGGGGAGGGAUGUGCUGGGGAAGCGCAAGGUGGGUAUGCAGAGGAAGCGGGCGGAAUAG